GAAAUCUAGAUUAACAGGUUUUGUUUCUAAUAACAAGUAACCUGUUUUCACCAUGCCAGCCAUCAAACUCAAGAAAAAAGCACAGGAAUAUCUUGAGGAAAAGAAAAGGGAAAAAGAGGCUCAAGAAGCAGCCACUUCAGCAAAAAGCCCUGCCUCCACUCCAGCCACCCCCACGCCAACUCCAAAGAAAAAGAAAGAAGCCCGGCCUCCGCAGACACCACCAGCUUAUCUUAAUGAAAAUGAUAUUCUGUUUGAGAAACGCAAAAGGACAAUUCCAAUUGUGGAGCAAAAGUGUCAAGACUGGAUUAUGGACAAUUUUGAGGUUAAAGAUGAUGUUCAUGUGAGCACAAACAAGAUGUAUGAAUACUACACAGAAUCUGUCCUACAAGAUUCAGGCAAUGUUGCAGAUGUAGGGUUAUUCAACAGGUUAGUUCGGGAGAAACUAGGAAAAUGCUUUGGGGUAAAAAUGAUGUCCCCACUGCAUGGAAUCAUCAAAGAAACCCAACCCCGAGAGAAGAAGGUACAAGGAGAAACCCUUAGUCUUAAAAUGAAGGACAUUCUGAAUGAGAUCAUUACUGGGGUUGGAAAUCCUAACAAAGGUGUGAGAUUCUUCAGUCUGAAGCAAAUGAUAGGAUCUAAAUAUCCAGCUUUACAGGUAGAGUCGUAUCCCAACAAACUGCUGAAUGCCCUGGACAGAGGAGUCAGAUAUGGCAACAUCAUUCUGGUAAAAGGAUCUGGAAAGUGUGGAUUUUAUAGAGUCCCAGGUGAAAGCACAGCAGAAGAGGAUAAACCAAAACCAAAAAUAAAGAAAAACAAAGGUGAAGUUGAAGAUGACAAGAAAGAAAAUGGAGAUACUAAUGAGAGUAGUGAGGCCACAGGAGGGGGAGAUAAAGAAACAUCAAAAAAGAAGGGGAGAAAGAGGAAGUCGGAGGAAGCUGGGGAGAGUUCCGAAGAAAAAGGAGAAAAAAGUAUGACUGAAGAAAAGGAGGGGGAAGAUGCUAUAACACCUAAAAAGAAAGGGAGACAGAGGAAAUCUGAAGGAGCAGGAGAGAGUUCUACUGAAGGAGGAGAAGACAGUCCAAAGGCAGAAGGGGAAGAAGAUGACAAGGCAGCCAAAAAGAAAAAGAAGAAAAGGGGCAAACCUGCACCCAGGAACAAUUACAGAGGUGAGGCAGCUAAACAUGGAGAUCCUUCCCGAAUUGAGGACAUUUUCCCCAUGGCUUUGACUUACAUGAGUGACCCCAAAGAGACAUCUUUGAAGAAGAUCAUCAAGUAUAUAGACAAAUUCUACCCAGAAGUGAACACAGAUGUCAGCUUAAAAAAGGCAUUGGAUAAAGGUGAAUCGAAGGAAAUGUGGCAGCAUUUAAGUGGGAACUCCUACCGUCUCUUGCUGGAAGAAUUCAAUCCUGGAUACUCAAAUGAUAUUGAAGACAUGAUAAGUCAAGCAAUCAUUGCUUCUCAUGAACCUAAAACUGCAUCAGGACUAAUGAUAAAAAAGUACAUUCUACAGUAUCACCAGAACUUUAAAAUUGAUGAAAGACCACAUUUGUUCAAAAAAGCUCUGGAGCGGGCAAUAUCCAAGAAUAUUAUCAGGCAAGUGUCUGGUCUUGGGAGUGGUGGGUCAUUCCAACUUGUCCAGUCCUUUGUGCCUUCACCAGCAAUCCUAGCAGGAGAGCUAGAGGACGAAGCCGAAUAUCUGAGUAGCGCCCCCGUGGAUGAUGGGCCGGAGGAGAUUUACAUUGUCCGCAAGACAAAAUCUGGGCGAGGGCAGGGAAAGGCAACAAAGGAUCGUAAACCUCCUGCCAAUAGAAAGUAAUGCAAAACACGUUCAUCUAGAGGCUGUUGUAAUGAAAGUUGUCAUCCCUGUACCAUAUUGAUCAUGUGACCAUAGAUAUUUACAUUUCAUACAUGUAGUUAUAAGAAACAUUUUUGUUGUUAUGAUUGUCAGGAGAGUAACAAUUGUCAUCUCAAUUAUUUUGCUUUUAUUGUCAUAAAUUUAAUAUGUUGUCUAUAGCAUGUCAUUAUAUUGAUAAGAUUGCCAAAGUACUUGAAGAUAUAAUUUGACAAUUAUUUCAAAAAGACAAGUGCAGAUUUUAUGAAUCACUGGAUCAUGAUUCACUGAGGAAUGAAGCAUGAAUGCUUUAUAUACAGUUUAAAUUUAUAAUCUGCAAAUCAGCAUUUAGAAUUUAAAUAUUUGUUUUAUACUUGUAUUUUAUUAUGAAAAAUGACACAGAUUUUUACAAAAGUUUCCCAGUUGAACAGAAUUGUGUAGAAACUUGUAUGGAAAUUGUGUAUGAAGUUGUGUCUCUUUAAAAGCUCCAGGAAGUUCAUUUUUACAGGAAAGGAAACUGUGCAAUAAAUGUAAUGUAUUAACAGUAUGCCAAUGUUUGUGUUCCAUAAGAAACUUGAUAUGUAGAAGCAGUUGCUAUUGAUCUGACAUAUUUCAUACUUGGUCUGUAAAUUCCAGAAACUAAAUCAGGCAUGUAUAGAUUAUCUCACUGUUGUGGACCUCUACAUUUGAAUCUUGUUUAUUUGGAAGAAGUCAUAAUCAAUAAUCCUUGAUUCAUUAUAAAAGAAAUACAUAAAAGGCAGCAUGUACGAUUAUGUAUACAGUACUUUUACUUGCAUGUAGUAAGCUCACCAAUCUGGGAUGUUUUGUAUGCAUUCAUGUAAUGUGUCAUUAUUUUUCUUACUCUGGAUAAGAAGUUAGAUUUUGGAAACAUUUUCAACUUAAGUUUAGAAAUAGUAAUGAAUAUGCAGGCUAUAUUUAGGUAGUUUUUUGAUAAAGUAUUAAUUGUUUUUUGGCCAAAAUGUUUUGAAAACAUGUUAUUGACAUUGUUUGAAUAUUAAGUUUCUUUUUUGAUUUCUUUAAUACAUGACAGGUUUGUCAUAUACAUGUUUUUUUAAGUCCAUACCCAUCUAUAGAUGUACAUAUUUUGCUACACAGAGAAAUAUAUGUACUAUAAUUGGUUUUGAGUAAUGAUUUUGUAUUGGUAGAUGUAGUAUGAACAUUGAAGAAUCAUUUUGUACUUGUUCGAUUACAUACUUGUUGCUUCUUUUUUGUGCAUAUAAAUGUUGUUAUUCCAUCAUAAAAUCAUGGUAAAGUAAACAUAUUACAUGUAUUUACAGUGUAUGUGUAAAUGCCUUGUAGGAAGAUUAAAGAAAAUAUAGAUUGCACAAGCUUA